UAAUGUACGACCAAUACUCCUUCUGUGUGUGUUUGGAUACACGAAAAGGUAAAGAAGCGGUCGGCUUUUCUCUACAUCGCCGACCGGUUUGGGGGGUUUAGGGAAUCCGAUCCAUUUCCACGGCUUCUUGGUACCUAAGUCAACUGCACACAGAGAGGGAGAGCGAGCGAGAGAGAGAGAGAGAGAGAGAGAGAGCAAUAAAAAAUGGGUGCAGAUGAUAAAACCCUAGAAGAAUUGAAUUCAUCAUCUUCCUCAUCGGAGUCUUGGAAGGAGCGCAUUCUCUUUCCCACCCUCCUCGCUGGAAUUGCCGGCGGGGGAGUUGGAUUGAUAUCAAAACAUGGCAAAGUUCACGGAGUCGCGAACAUUUCCGCAUCGUAUGGCGCUAAUUUUGCCAUUGUCACUGGCUGCUAUUGCGGUGCCCGUGAGUUUGUGAGAGCAAGUAGAGCGUCUAAACCUGAUGAUUUACUGAAUUCAGCUAUUGCCGGUUUGGGGAGCGGUGCAAUUCUCGGCCGUCUUCAAGGUGGUCAAGCCGGUGCUAUCCGUUAUUCAAUCAUCUUUGCUGUUGUAGGAACAAUGGUAGAUUUUGCUGCUCUUAAACUCAAACCUUCCCUGAAGAGCUUCCAUGAAUCUAUAAUAGGGAGCACUGACAGUUCAGGGAAGAAUGGUGGUUGGCUGAGAUUGCCAGAAUGGUCACCCAUCCAAGUACUGGAUGAGGAAGAGCUUGCUGCAAAGAAAGCUCGGGAACAAAAGCUCUAUGCUGAAAGAAAUGCCCAUAAUCUUAGAAAAGAAGAAUCUUGAGGAUUUUUAGGAGUUUUUUUUUUUUUUUACUUCUCCAUUAUGUGUUAUACUUGUGGUUUGUUUCUAUUUCUAUCAGGCAUUGGCAUUGGCAUUGGCUUCAAUGGACUUAUAAUAAAAUGGAAAUUUCGUUU